AUAUUCUCUGAAACAAUCAAAAAGUAGCAAAACUGUAACAGUGAUAACAAAGAUGAAAGUACAGUUUGAUUAGUAAAUUCAUGAUGUCAUGAUAUCCUGACGGUAUCAAUAAUAAAUGCAAUAGUGAUGUUACAAUAUCUUACAUAUUUCCCUUUUAACUUCCUAUUUAAGUAUUAAAGGGCAAUAGAAAAACCUCGGUGAGGGUUCUGAUUAAACACAAAAUAACCACAACUUCAAAAGUAUAUGGCUUUGUCCUAUAUGAGGGAGUGGCAUUUUGGUAUUUCACUGGUUUAUUACAGUAUAAACUUUGGACCCAUGGAACAGGUUGACAUUACACAUUCCAAAACACACCUAACGUUGAUUCACUCAGUGUUGUCUAUUUCCAAUGGAAACAUAACUAAAAUAAUCCUCUAUGAAAACAAUUAUAGGAAUUUUUAACCUCCUAUGCAAGCCAAUGUUUUUGUAUUUUGAUAACUGGAAUAAAAAACGUGCAUGACCAUAAUGGCCUUAAAAGGAACUUUUCAGAACCAAGCAAAUGUGCAGCAUCUGUUCGAGCUUCGGAUCAUUCUUCUUGGAGGUCGAAAUUCUGGAAAGACCCUAGUGGGAAAUGCUAUCUUAAACCAAGAGGAAUUCAUCCUCCAUGAACGGACCACAUGCCUGAAAAGAAAAGCUGAGGUACAAGGGAGAAGUGUGACGGUGGUGGAUACCCCAGGUUGGUGGUGUGACUUCUCAGCACAAGACACACCAGAGCUGAUCAGGAGGGAAAUCAGACACAGCAUCUCCAUGUCUCACCCAGGGCCUCAUGUCUUUCUUCUUGUGGUGAAAACAGACUCUGUGUUCAUAGAAAAGCGGAGAAGAGCUGUAGAAGAACAUCUUGAACUCCUUGGUGAGGCGGUUUGGAGUCACACUAUGGUGUUGUUCACAAAGGGCAAAAAUGCAGGAAAUAAAUCAUUUGAGGAUCAUGUUCAGAUCUCAGGUAAACCCCUCAAGUGGCUCUUGGAGAAGUGCAAUGGCAGAUUUCACUUUCUUGAUACCCAGGAAACAUGCAAUGCCACCCCAGUAAUGGAACUGAUGGGGAAAAUUGACAAAAUUGUGGCAGAAAACGAACAACACCAUUUCGAAAUGGACGUAAAGAUUUUACAGGAGAUAGAGGACAGAAAAAGGGAAGUGGAGCUUAAGGCUCAUCAGAGACUCGUGAAGAUACACAAACAGAGAUCUACUUUGAAGGUCCACUCAUCUCAUCAACAAAACAUAAGACUCAUCUUGCUGGGAGCAAAGGGCUCAGGGAAGAGCUCAACAGGAAACAGCAUUCUAGCAGCAGGAAGUGACCUAAGCUUUGCAUCCAAGAAGCGGACCACCCAAUGCAUCAAGGAAACAUUCACAGUGGCAGGAAGACAGGUAACAGUUGUAGACACACCUGGCUGGUGGAUGAACUACUUUACUCAGGAUUCUUCAGCUUUUGACAAAGAGGAAAUAGCCAAGAGUGUGUAUUUGUGUCCACCUGGUCCUCAUGCUUUCCUUUUGGUGGUACGGUUGGACAGGUCAUUCACAGAGAUCUACAGGAGGGCCAUUGAGGAGCACAUAGAGCUCAUUAGUAAGGAUGUCUGGAAUCAUUCUAUAGUGCUUUUCACCUUUGGCGACUGGCUUGGCGACAUAACCAUAGAGCAGUACAUUGAAAGCGAAGGUAAGACCCUUCAGUGGCUCGUGGAGAGAUGUGGAAACCACUACCAUGUGGUAAACAACAAAAGCCUCGGGAAUAAGUUCCAGAUCACAGAGUUAUUGAAGAAGAUAGAGGAGAUGACAGCAGGAAGCCACUUUAAUACAGAUGAGAGUCUUUUUAAAGAGAUGAAGAGAAAACGGCAAGUAGAGGAAACCAGGGCGAAGCUGCGGCGUGAAAAUGUGCUGAGGCGAAGAGAAAGCUUGAGAGCUUUUAAGAAUCAAGUGCAGUUGCCCUCAGCUAUACAAGUUCUUCUCAUGGGCUUCAAACACUCUGGCAAGACAUCAUCUGCAAGUUGCAUUCUGGGUAAUAAUGGACAAGAGGCUGACAACCAAAACCCCAUGAGAGGUACUGUUAUACUCAAUAAGACGAAAGUUGACAUCAUGGACACACCAGGCUGGAUAACUGAGUGUCCAGAUAUCGCAGAAUUCAGAAGGCAACUUCUCCAUGACUGGAUUUCUGGCUCAGCCAGUGGGAUCUGCAUCCUCCUGCUGGUUAUCAAUGCCAGUUCCUCUUUUACACCAAGGCACCUGAAAACAGCUGAGGACCAUCUGCAUGCUCUGAGAGGAAAACCAUGGAGCAGCACCAUUGUGUUGUUCACACAUGGAGACUGGCUCGGUGAUGUUAGUGUGGAGCAGUAUAUUGAAAGCGAAGGAGAUGCACUUCAGACACUGGUGGAGAAAUGUGGAAAUAGAUACCAGGUUUUCAACAACAAGAUAAAAGACAAUAGCACUCAGGUUGCAGAACUGAUGCAGAAGAUAGAGGAGAUGGUGUUAGAACAGAUACUAAAUAAGGCAGAAAAUCAAGGAAAUAUUCAACGACCUUUGGUACAUGGCGAAUUGAGGUUCGGUGGAAAGGUACAGAUUGGGGAAGUAGAAAUGACACCUCUUAGAAGCUCUACACAUAUUCAUCGUACUGACAUUCGAGGAGAGUGUCAAAUGAUUGAGAUCUCUGAACAUAUGCUUCCAUCUACAUCCAGUGAUCUAAAAAUUACCACCACAGACUCCAGCCUUUCACCAAAUGAAAAUCAAGCACUGCCCUGCAGAAGUAUCCAGUUAUUAAAUAGGACCUCAUUACCCAGAAACUUUCAUCAAGGAAUAGUAGUGGUGCUCAACACCUCCGAAUGGUUUCAUCCAAAUGAACCAUGGAUUGGUGUGAACAGGACAGACAUGCCUGAAACAGGUUGUCUUGCUGCAUUCCAUGUUCCACCAACUGAGCAGCCAAUGAAUGUACAACAAUUAUUCAGGAACGAAUCACAGGGGGAAAGGGGGCCAUUCCUUCCAUAUUACCACAGGAAUACACCUCACACAGCUCAAACUGCAAAAGAAAGAGCCUUUAUGGAUUUUGUCCAAUCACAGAACUCGCAGAACCUUAUUGACCAAUGGGGUGACAGUAACAUUGAGGAGCUGGAGGCAUUUAUAGAUUCCUAUUUUGAGAUGGUGUGGCAGGAGGCUAUGAACGAGCCUAAAUCCAGCCGCAUGACUCCAGUAAACUGUGAAUGUUCAGGCAUCACUGAGAACGAUCAUGGACAUCUGGCCUCAAUUGAUAGGAAACUGUCAAAGCUUGACAUCCUGGAGGGAAUACAAAGAGACUUGCAGGAGCUGAAGCAAACCAUCAAGCACUGUAGUAGAAUAUUUCAGGAACCGAAGGACAGGACUAAAGAGAUACAUGACCCCAGCCAACCCUCUGAAGCAACUGCGUCAGCAGAAAGUGAGGAAAUGGGUCGAUCAGAUGAAAAGUGAAUGGCACUUUCCAGUACUGAAAUGACAAAAGUAGUAAACAAUAAAAAUGCAAGAUUCUUGGAUUCUUGAAUUCUAAACAUUUUAAUAUAUCUGGUAUCACGCAAUUCUCAUUCAAAUUUAUGAUCUGAAAUUCUCUUAUACAGUAUGCAGACACUGGUGACAGCAGAAAGUAAUAUAUAUCAUAAUCUAGUAGAAGACCUCAAAUAAAAUGUGAAUUUAUAUGACAAAUUGUGUUGUAUCUGUUGUGUUUAAUUUAGCUUUUGAUUUAAUGCUUAAAUUACAAACUUUCAAGUCAUCAAAAUGUUUAUUACAAAAGUUGCACAGUUCUGCAUUUGACAGUGUGUGACAUCUCAACUUUACCUGUAGA